GUAAAAUGAGGGAAAUAAAAUAACAGAAAGUUACCAUUUGAAAUCAACAUCAUCUAAUUUAUUACCUUACCAUUUCAACGAAAGGCACUUGGAACAACCAAAAAGUUAUCAACUUACCAUAUCUCCCAAAUUAUGUUAACCAAAUUUUGUAAUAAAAUAAAACGUAACAAGUUUUCCUUCACACGAAAACCCUUGGAGACACAGGCUGUUUGCCGGCGUUUGGAGUUUUUUCACAAACAAAACCCAGGGGGAUCAUCACCACCCCCCCGUCGCAGCAAUGUCCAUCGCCACCUGCCUUUCCUCCCCUUCCUUCUCUCCUCUCCAUAAGUCUUUCUCCAUCCCCAAAAUUUCCACCACUUUCCCUCUCCACCUCCCCAUUUCCUCCUUCUCCACCACCACCACCACUCUCCGCUACCGCCAACCUUCUCCGUUUUUAACCUUCUCCGCCCUUCCCGGUGGCAAUGGUGGCGAUAUCAACAACUCAGAUGGUGGCGGUGGAAACGAUGACAAUGGAAAAGGCAAUGGCGGCGGUGGUGGUGGUGGUGGUGAGGAUGCGGGUGAUAAGAACAGGAAAGAAGCUAUGGUUGUGUUGGCGGAGGCAGGUAGAUCAAUGGAGAGUUUACCCAAGGACUUGGCGGCGGCGAUUCAAUCUGGGAGGAUUCCUGGGUCUGUUAUAGAGAGGUUCUUGGGGCUUGAAAAGUCGGGGUUCAUGCGGUGGUUGAUGCAGUUUGGUGGGUUUAAAGAGAGGCUUUUGGCUGAUGAUCUUUUCUUAGCUAAAGUCGCCAUGGAAUGUGGUGUUGGGAUCUUCACCAAGACUGCUGCAGAAUAUGAACGUCGCAGAGAAAACUUUUUCAAGGAGCUGGAAAUAGUUUUUGCAGAUGUGGUAAUGGCCAUAAUUGCAGAUUUCAUGCUUGUUUAUCUUCCUGCCCCAACUGUCUCUCUCCGGCCUCCUCUUGCUGUCAACGCUGGAGCCAUUUCCAAGUUCUUCUAUAGCUGCCCUGAUAAUGCUUUUCAGGUUGCUCUCCCGGGGACCUCAUAUUCACUUUUGCAAAGAUUAGGUGCCGUAAUGCGUAACGGGGCCAAGCUUUUUGCAGUAGGCACAACUUCUUCACUGGUUGGGACAGCGGUCACAAAUGCUUUGAUUAAUGCAAGAAAGGCUGUUGAUAAGUCUUCCGGAGCAGAAGUUGAAAAUGUUCCCAUACUAUCCACCAGUGUUGCCUACGGUGUAUACAUGGCAGUUUCUAGCAACCUCAGGUAUCAAGUGCUGGCUGGUGUAAUUGAACAGCGUAUUUUGGAGCCUUUGCUACACCAGCACAAGCUCAUGUUGAGUGCAAUAUGCUUUGCCGUUCGAACAGGCAACACAUUCUUGGGUUCCCUAUUGUGGGUAGAUUACGCUCGUUUGGUCGGCAUUCAAAAGGCUCAUGAAGAAGAAAACACCGCAUUGGAGUGACUAAUUUGGGUUAAACUCACCAUGAAUGCAGCUUCGCUGGUCUCAUAGUUGAGGGAUGGAAAAUCUUAGUUGUAGACGGUAGGUUUCAUUGAAUACAAAUUUCAUGGUUAAGCUGACAUUUCAAUAGUUUGAAUUUUCCUUUUGCUUCUUAUCCCAAUUACAGAAUAUAAGUUUUAAGGUUUAGAAAAGAGAAACACCCAUUUUCAAGUUUCAUUACCUUUCAAACCUGACAAUUGUAGGGUUGGUAUCAUUUUUGUGGAGUUUCUCAUGUCAAGUUAUUUUAUGAUUAUAUAACUUUUGGCAUUUUAAUAAUUUAUGUUUAUAUAGAUUUGGCAUAUUUUUGUA